AGCGCCGGCAGCAGCAGCUGUAAAAGAAUGGAGUCGCAAGCGCUAGACUCGGACUCGGGCGUGGACGAGUCUCUCGUCGCGCCGCUGCUGGAGCUUGGGAUCCCUGAGGUGGCGGCGCGGCGGGCUCUGGCGCUCACCGGGGGCCGCUCGGCCGAGGCGGCGGCGCAGCUCUACUUCAGCAGCGGCCUCGAUUCCCAGGAAGAAGAGGAUGCACAAGGCAGCGGUUACUAUAAGAUGGUCUUUGUGGUGAACAUGGAGCUCUCCAUGGGGACUGGAAAGAUCGCCGCUCAAGUGGGGCAUGCUGCAGUUGGCCUGUUCCAGUUGUUGCAGGAGAAGUCGUCUCACAGGGACAUCAUCAACCAAUGGGAUGAACAAGGCGCAAAGAAAGUCGUACUGCAGGGUUCCAACACGGACCAGUUGCUGGAGCUGCAUGCCUUGGCCCUGAGCCUGGAACUGCCAACGUACCUAGUGCAAGAUGCAGGGAGGACCCAGCUGUGGGGUGUCCUCUCUGUGUUUCAGGUUCCGACGGGCUCCCACACGGUCCUCGCCAUCAUGGGGGAGGAAGAGAUGGUGAACCAGGUGACCGGGCAGCUGAAACUGCUGAACUGAGAAGCGCUUCAGAGCGUGGCUCUGUCUCUGCCCCACGUGGAGUCCGCGGGGCAAGCCGCCCCUGUGUGUGUGUGUGCGCGCGCACGCUUUUCUCGUGGGAAGAGGAAGCUCCUGCCGACAGCAGCUCUCGAGGCCCGUCAGGGCAGCAUGCCGAAUAGAGGGGUGUCUCUCCUUUAUGAUAAGAAGAGCAUUCCUUCUCCCCCCCCUUUCUUUUUCUUUCCAUUAAGGCGGAGGCUUUGAAGUUCUCUCCUCUCCCAGUUGGAUUGUUAGGGUGCUCUCCCCAAUUGGCUCUUGUCAUGGAUAGUUCUGCAUUUCCCAUACCACCCUCAAACCAGGUGAGAUGAUGUACAGGUGUCGCCCAAGCUUGCUUUCUGCGCCGUGUGUGGGGGAAACCAUGGAAGGAAGGCCGGGGUAACCUGGCAGCGAAACGGCUGAUCUUGUACCUAAAGCAUUUGUCAGUCUCGUUUGGGGCAUUAUUAUUAAUUAUUAUUAUUGAAGGAAUGAAGAUGCCGCAGCCGCUCUGGACCACUUGUUAUGUUGCUGAACUGCUCUUAGGGAGCCGUCGUUGUCUCUGUUUUAGCCAAAAGUAGUUGGAAACCCUUGUCUUUGUAUUCCUGCUCGUGGACUGUUUUCCCAAUCCUUGCGGCAUCCUUCCUGUUGCCCUUUUCAGAUGACUUCAAGGCGGGCGGGGGGGGGGGCGGGGAGGAAGGAUUUUGAAAGUAGAGCUCGCAACGUACUAUCAUGUCUCCAGCCAACAGAUGGGCGGAUGGAAUAAGGAAUGGCUGUAGGAAUAGGCCAUAGCUGACACAGGAGGGUUAAAGCAGACAUGGAGAACGUUUUUCUUUUGUGCUGGGGGGGGGCUGUAUUCCUGGGUGGGUGGGGUAAUCAUUAGGGCUGCAUGCUAGCAGUGGGCGGGAUCCUAGUCUUUUCUCCCCUGCCUUCUCACACACAUCCCCAAUUUUGCUCCUUUCCCAGCCGCCCACAUGAAAUUAGGCUGCCCACCCUUGGUUGAAAGCAGCAGAGAGAGGCAGCCAAAGCAGGGGUAGCCAACAUGGUGCCCUCCGGACGUUGCCGGACUCCCAACUCUCAUUGGCCUCGGCCAGCAUGACCAAUAAUCUGGGGUGUGUUCAGCAAAAACCUGGAAGGCCCAAUGUUUGCUACCUAGCCUAGAGCUAAGGACCAGUGUAGAAGAGAAUGCAGCUUUGCUGGGGUUCGGUGGUGUGCGUUCCUUCCUUUCCCCUCCCGUCCGAUUAAAAACCCAGUGUGAGUUGUUCCUGUUUCGGUAGAACAACAGUAUUCAACAAAUAAAUGAAAAAUGUGCCUCUUGAGAAGAGAAGCGGGGGGAAGGGGGAGACAGACUUGAGAGCUCUGCUGCGCAGGUACUUGUCGAGUGGCGGGGCCUUUUCCAAGGUGGCAAAACAGAAGUCCAGUAGUCUUGGUGCCGUUCCCAUAACACCUCCCUAAGGCAUGUUUUAGUGUUUGUUCCAGAUUCUCAAACAUUCAGAACAAGAGGCUCGCACACCAGGUCUGCGACAGAGGCGUGGGUCUCUUGUUGUAGCGGUUUUUCUACCUGCUAGACAUUGAUAUUUCCAGGACUCUCCCCCUAUACCAAAUUGCAACCUGCAAUCCAUUUUUGGACUUUUCGUCUUUUCCAUUUUUGGACUUUUCGUCCUUCUGCUGUGAAAGGAAUGAAUGGUGGGCAUUUUGAAUUUUUCUGAUAGCAGAAACUUGGGGGUGCAGUCAAUAGGGGAGCCUGGGAUUGCAUGGCUCGGCUUAGCUUUUAUAUAGGGCUGUAUUCGCUCAAGUCUUGGGUCAUAAAAUUUGGGUCAGUGGCGGUGGGCGUAGCCAGGAUUUUUGUUUGGGGGGGGCAGGACCUCAGUUAGCUAUGUGUUUUUAUUGAUUUUUGGGGGGGGGAGUUGCCUCCCCCCUUGCCUACACCCAUGUCAGUGGCCCAGCCAGUUGAAGGCCAAAACUGUUAGCUUGUCUAGAUGAAAGAAGGUGUGUGGUUUGCUCGACCAAAGUUACCAGCUCUUUUCCGACAGGGCUCUCUGCCUGUUGAAAAGGAUAUUCCCUAAGUGUCGUUUUUCCCAGCAUGCAGAUGACGUGAUGAGAAAAGCUGUCUGCUUUAAUUUUUAAGUGUUUUUUUAAAAAAAUAAAAAAUACAUAGGUAACUCUAGAUGCCACCUGUAACACCUGUAUUGCCGCUUGUCCAGUUCAGUUUUCAGUACACAUUGGCAGCUGUGGAAAUGGGUGCCAAGUCUAUGUCAAAAGUUGGAACAGAAGAUGUAAUAUCACCCCCACCCCCUAAUUUUAAGGUGGAACUCUAGUUGAAGGUCUUUUUCUAGCUGUAGCUUCAAUUAAUAUAAAAAAUACUCCCUGCGGGUUGGUUGCAUAGCUCUGUGUCCAUGGGAAUUACGAUGGUUCUGUUAUAGUAAAUUUGCAAAAAGGGGGGGGGGAAAGCUUACGAGUGUUGCAAAUAGGCCAUUCACCCAGAGUCCCAGGAUAUUGCAGUCCAGAUAAGAUUUGCCGUCAAACUCCCCUCCUUUAAAAUGCGGCGCGGCACAGUAUUGUGAUGUGGCCCAAUAUUUGACUUCAAAAGAGGAAACUUUCCCCAAGUGAGGAGAUUGAUAAAAAAAAAAGAGGAAGUUGAAAGGUGAAACCCAGAGGAUCGAGUCGCUCCAAAAUGCUUAGGAGUUGUUAAAAAAGGCAAUAUUGGAAGCUCAGCAGGAAUGUUUGCGGCAGACCAGGUACGAUGUCAUGAGGGCCCAAGACCAAGAGGAUGCCAGCAUGAUUAAAGAGCAGAGUCAGGGAAAUUGUUAAGGAGGCCCUUUUCAAAAUACGGAAGCCUUAUCUAAAUGAAAAGCAACAAGAAGGAAGCAAAAGCUUUGGCAAAACAAGUGCAUGCACACAGUAAUGGAUGCGUAAAUGAAUUUGAAUACAUUAGUAGCAGGAGACCAUCCAGGGAUGUGGUUGGACCUUUAUGACAAGGAAGUCAAAGGAUGAUAAGGAGAUGGAGAAGCUGAAUGAAUUAUUUGCAUGUCUUCUCAGUGGAAGUUUGCAGGGCAGAUUGCAGUGGCAGAACUAAUUUUUUUGCAGGAAGGGAGCCGGAGGAACUGAGGCAGUUAGUGGUGUUUAGAGACGAAAGUCUAGGUCUAACAGACAAAAUGAAAACUGACAACUUACCAGGUCUGGAUGGCGUCCACCUGAAAAGUUCUCAAAGAAGUCAAAUGUUGAAACUGCAGAACUUCUCACAAAAAAAGGUUACUCGGAUCAGCUUCUAUAGCCAAGGGCUGGAAAGUAACCUAUGUAACAUCAAAAAGGGAUCCUGGAAAUUACUGGCCAGUUAGCUUAAUGCCUGCCCUGGGUAAGCUGGUGGAAAGUAUUGUUAAAGAUAAAAUAACCAAGCAUAUAGAAGAACAAGUCUUGCUGGAGCAGAGGCAAGCAUGGCUUCUGUAGGGGCAAGUCUUGUCGCACGGACCUAUUGGGGUAUUUGAGAGUGUUAACAAGCAUAUAGAUAGAGGUGAUCCAGUUGACAUAGUGGACUUGUGACUUUCAAAAAGCUUUUUUACAAGGUAGCCCACUGGAAUAAGGAUCAGGAAUUGCUUAGGUUGGAGGCCCCAGAGUAGGAAAAAAUGGGCAGUUCUCAGAAUAGAGAGAUGUAAAAAGUGGAGCGCCGCCACUAUUGGGAGCUGCACUUUUUAACUAGUUAUAUUCAGGAUCUAGAGUUGGAAGUUGGCAACAAGGUGGCCCAAGGCUUGCUGACGAUACUAAACGGUUCAGUGUUGUUAAAUCAACAAGAGCUCCGAAAGGAUCUCUCCAGCGGGUGGUAAAAUGGCAAAUGCCAUUCAAUGUAAACAAGUGUUGGGGGCAAGAAAAAUCUUACGUUUCACAUAUAACCCCAUGGGAUAUGAAGUGGCGGUGACUGACCAGGAACGAGACCUUGAGACCUGAAGAUGUUGGCAGCAGCAGCAGCUGUGAAAAAGGCAACUGCCCUGCUAGGAGUCAUUAUUGAAGGAGCUGAAAAGAAUCUCAUCAUGCCGUUAUACAAACCUACGGUGCGGCUACAUUUGGAAUACUGGCAUGUCCAGUUCUGGUCGCCUCGCCUCAAAAAGGAUAUUGCAGAGUUUGAGAAGGUUCAGAGGAGGACAACCAAAAUGAUCAAGGGGGUGGAGGAAAGGUUGAAGCAUUGAGGACUUUUUAAUUUGGAGGAGAGGUGACCUGAUAAGAGGAUUAUGGCAUGGCCCAGAGGAGGUGGGUAGAGAAGUUUUUGCUCCUCGAACCCGUGGUCCUCCAAUGAAGCUGGAUGUUGGAAGAUUCAGGACAGAUAAAGAACGGCCACCAACUUGGAUGGCUUUAAAAGAGGAUUGAUUAGGCAAAGUCAUGAAGGAUAAGCCUAGCCGCUGCUACCAGCCAUGGUGGCGAUGCUUGUGUACACUUGGGAGGCAGUCAUGUUUCUGAAUCCCAGUUGCUGGAUACUACCAGAGAGGGAAAGGGCUCUUCUGCUCGGGUCCCGCUUGAGGGUUUCCCACGGGCAUCCAGUUGGCCACUGUGAGAACAGGAUGGUGGACUAGAUGGGCCAUUGGCCUGAUCCGUUCAGCACGAACCAGCAGCUUUAAUAGCCUGGCCCCGUUUUAACAGGUCACAAGGAGCGUUUCUGGGUAAGGACGGUUGAGUGGGGGGUCCUUUUUUUGUCAUCCAAUAAAAGCAUUUUGUUAGCCUGCCUCUCUCACCCUGCCAUUUAGGUCAAGUAUUUCACCACACAAUGAGACAAAUUGCUGGCAGAAGCCCAUGUUGCAGGCGGACGGGGGUGGGGUGGGGGGAGAGACAAAAAAAGCUUGCAACUAGGUUAAGAGCCUCUUGGAAUAUAGACAACGUGAUGUUUACAGCAGAGUCAUAAACCCCCCGAUGGUUUGGAGUGACUCUUAAUACAGGGUCCUGCUGGUAGGUGUGCAAUUUGCUAAGUUUAUGUACCGGCAAAGUAAAGAAACAAAUGGCCCCGCGUAUUUAGCGCUGGCAAGCCUCGAGGGCCGGAACGGUGGCAGAGCCAGCUGCCUCCCGUCUCCUCGCUUCUCUGUAGCGGCAAGCGCAGAGGAUUUAGAAAAAGUGAAAGCAGGCAGGCAAGAAGAGGGCGGGAGAGAGUCCUGUUGGAAGCUGCUUGGCAUUCCCAUCUGUGCUACGGGUUCCACUUAGGUGGGUUAAAGCUGUGUACAGCCUGAUCCCUGUUCUCAAGGCUCGAAGACCAAUCCUGCUUAUUACAAGAGAACUCGUUCCUAUAGAUGUGCGUCCGCCGGACGGUUGCUUUAACCCGUUGUGUGUGGCUGUGUGCUUCCCCGGCCGCUUUUGCACUUGUCUCGUUUCGACAGGAGGCGUUCAGCUUGCUAGUUUUGCCUUGCCCCCCCCCCUUAAUAGGGUAGCUCCUGUGCCUUUUUUUAAAACACCUGUAUGGUAAGUGAAAAUUGUGGCAUUCCUACUGCUGCUGCCGCCACCACCGGUUCCCCUGUUGCUCCUCUUGGCUCCGGAUUUGGCAAUUUGGGGAGCAGAUUUGGCCCCUUGGUCUCACCUUCAUGACGACUAAGGGAAGCAGGGCUUUGUGUAGCAGUGCAGACACCACCCUGUGGUCACAACUCUCUGCAAUGCAGGUGACAGGUGGGUGGCACUGCAGUUCAUUGGUCUGGUUUUAUACAUCAGUGUGAAUACCGUGUGAAGCGACCGUGUUUUCUCUCGGCAUUUGCUGGGUUUUUUCCUUGUUGAAGCCUUUGGCCAUGUCCUAUUAUUAUUAGCCGCGUGGAUGAAGACUAAAAGACUCCUCCAAGUCUAUUUUGACAGCAUUCGCUCCCAUUCCUCUCCUUUCCCCUUUCUACCUAAUACUGUCAAAUUUUAGAUUGCUGCUUCAUGGGGGCAGGGACCUGCCUCCCUUUUUUUCUUUUUAAAUCAGCGCCGUAAGGGUUCCAUGUACAAUGAUAGUGCUGUAUAAAUGAUUAAAAAUGUAUGCAAGCUUCCAA